AAAGAAUUGAAGAAAGCUCCUAGUCACUCACUCACACACCCUUUUUCAUCAUCAUCGAAACCCUUUCGCUUUUCCUUCAAUCUUCUUCUCUCUACGGGUUUCAGCAAUCAAUGAGAGCUGAAAAUCAGCUUUAGAAUCCAAAAGAGUACCCCCAAAUAUGCCUUUUCAUUUUCAUUCCUUUUGAGCUCGUCAACAAUGGCCGAUGAUCUAUCUUCCAUCGCCAAGGAUGUUUUCCUUGUAAAGGGUUUGAAAAAUACUACUUUGAUAUGGAGGAUGGUCGUGUUGACCCUUGCUAUGGUCUGUGGUGUGUAUAUAUGUUCUAUUUGUCUAAAGCAAAUAGGCAUAGGCACCGCCAGCAAGAUUGGAUUUUUAGAUAUCAAGAUUGUUGACAAGCCGUGCCCGGAACCUAACAUUGAACCUUGGGAGAUUCCUUAUGUUCACUACCCGAAUCCCAAAACUUACAGCAGGGAGGAAUGCGCUUGCAGCCCUGUGCGGUAUUUCGCUAUUCUGUCGAUGCAGAGAUCUGGGAGUGGAUGGUUCGAGACAUUUUUAAACAGUCAUGCUAACAUAAGCUCAAAUGGGGAAAUAUUUUCAGUUAAGGCGAGGAGGAGUAAUAUGUCCACAAUAACAGAGACGCUGGAUACCAUUUAUAAUCUAGACUGGGUCAGUAGCGCUUCAAAAAACGAGUGCACAGCUGCUGUUGGCUUGAAGUGGAUGCUUAAUCAGGGAUUGAUGCAGAAUCAUGAACAAAUUGCUGAGUACUUCAGAAUACAUGGUGUUUCAGUCAUAUUUCUUUUCAGAAGGAAUCUUUUGCGCCGGAUGAUUUCUGUAAUUGCAAAUGAGUACGAUCGGAGUGCUAAGACAUUAAAUGGAACUCAUAAAUCCCAUGUUCAUUCGCCCAAGGAGGCCGAAAUACUUGCACAAUACAAACCCAAACUCAAUUCAUCAAUAUUGAUACAAAAUUUGAAGCAAGUAAGCGAAACCACCAAGAAGGCUCUGGAGUAUUUCAAGAGCACCAGACACAUUCUCGUAUAUUACGAAGAUGUUGUCAAGAACCGGACCAAAUUAAUGGAUGUUCAGGAUUUUCUGAAGGUUCCUCGCAUGGAACUAAAGACACGUCAGGUUAAGAUACAUAAAGGAACCUUAUCCAGCCAAGUCGAAAAUUGGAACGAUGUAGAGAAGGCACUCACCGGAACACCAUUCGAGAAUUUCCUCCAUGAAGAUUACCGUAGAUAACGCAGCUGGGUAUGUACAUACCUCAUGCCCUCUUUGUCUUUUUUCUUUUCCCUCUAUUUCCCUUAAUGUAAGCCUUCCCCCUAUUCUACGCGGCAAGAGCCAACAGGGACGACCGCCACCCUGUUGAAAUUUUGGCCAGGGCUCCCUCAUCUUUGUACUCAAUCUUAUGUUGCUAAUUUGCCUGGUUAUUCAAUUUAAUAUUUAAUUCA